CUUGUGGGGAGCCGCCAGCCUGCCUACCUGUUGUUACCUGCUGAAGAACAGUAAUCAGAAGUCAGCAAAGCAGCAUCCAGUCUUCUUCCUCUUCCUUGUUUCUUUCUAAGUUCUAACUCCCACCCACCUGCAUAGAUUCUCUCACCCAUUGCCUUUGCCUUUGUCGGUCUCCAUCAACAAUUAUAUAUAUAGUUAUAUCAACCAUUCAUUCCCCUCCAUUUAUUAUUAACAAACAAAACGGUUAAUGAUUUCCCUCAUCUCACAAUAAUAAUAGCAAUUAAUAAUAAAAGGAUUUACUAAUUACCCUCUUUCUGAAUUUCUUUGUUAAGCAAAUCCCCACCCACCAUUGCUUUCUUUCAGAGGUCGAGGUGAGGUCACCACUAAUACACCUUCAUUAUUAAUAAUAAUGAAGUAAAGGAAGAAGAGAAAGAGAGAAGACUAUUCCUUCCUUUCUUUCUGCCCCGCGCCUUCAUUUUUCAUUUGUUGCCACUGGUUUUAGAUUUGUGCCGGCCAACCCAGAUCCCUCAACUCUUCUUUCUCCUCCUCCCACCGCGAUUCCGUCCGUCCUUCUAAUUCGAUUCUGAUGACAAUAACGAUAUACUUGGAUGAGGGGCAAAGUGUGAGGUGAAUUAAGCUAAACAGGCAAUUGUGGUUGUUUGAUGGGCAACACUUGCCGUGGAUCUUUCAAAGGCAAACUGUAUCAGGGCUACAAUCAGCCCGAGGAUCUAUCAGCGACUUCAACUUCCAGGCGCAACCCUUCUUCGGAUCACACCAGUUCUGAACAUUCCAAUUCCAGCUUCGCCACCCCUGAUUUCAUCACCACCCCUCCUAACCCCAACAACCAUAACAAUUUGCCCAUUGCCAGCCCCGCUAAGGAAGUCAGCACCAUGAGGCGCACAGCGGAUAAUCAAGCUUACUACGUUCUCGGCCACAGAACUCCCAACAUUCGCGACCUCUACAACUUGGGCCGCAAGUUGGGGCAGGGCCAAUUUGGCACUACUUACCUCUGCACCGAGAUUUCCUCGGGGAUCGAGUUCGCUUGCAAAUCGAUCUCCAAGAGGAAGUUGAUCUCCAGAGAAGAUGUAGAUGAUGUUCGCAGGGAGAUUCAGAUUAUGCACCAUUUGGCUGGUCACAAGAACAUUGUCACCAUCAAAGGUGCCUAUGAGGACCCUUUGUAUGUUCACAUUGUGAUGGAGCUUUGCUCUGGUGGCGAGCUGUUCGAUAGAAUCAUCCAGAGAGGGCAUUACAGCGAGAGGAAAGCCGCUGAGCUCACCAAGAUCAUUGCCAGUGUUGUCGAGGCCUGCCAUUCUCUUGGGGUUAUGCAUAGAGAUCUGAAGCCUGAAAAUUUCUUGUUGGUUAACAAGGACGAUGAUUUCUCUCUCAAGGCCAUCGAUUUUGGGCUCUCUGUGUUUUUCAAACCGGGUCAAAUUUUCACUGAUGUUGUUGGAAGUCCUUAUUAUGUUGCACCUGAGGUGCUUCUCAAGCAUUAUGGGCCAGAAGCUGAUGUAUGGACUGCUGGUGUCAUUCUGUACAUAUUGUUAAGUGGGGUGCCGCCAUUUUGGGCUGAGACGCAGCAAGGAAUAUUUGAUGCAGUCUUGAAGGGGCAUAUUGACUUUGACUCAGACCCAUGGCCAUUAAUUUCAGAGAGUGCCAAAGAUCUCAUUCGAAGGAUGCUUUCAUCCCAUCCUAAAGAACGCUUGACUGCUCAUGAAGUGUUAUGUCAUCCUUGGAUCUGUGAAAAUGGAGUUGCUCCUGAUAGAGCCCUUGAUGCAGCUGUACUCACUCGUCUCAAGCAGUUCUCGGCAAUGAAUAAACUAAAAAAGAUGGCUCUACGGGUCAUAGCUGAAAGCCUAUCAGAGGAAGAGAUUGCUGGUUUGAAGGAAAUGUUCAAGUCUAUGGACACUGAUGGCAGUGGUGCAAUAACGUUUGAUGAACUCAAAGCAGGUUUAAGAAGAUAUGGCUCGACCAUGAAGGAUACAGAGAUACGUGAUCUUAUGGAUGCGGUAAGAUGGUUUCUGAGGUCUCCUUACCUUUCCACCUUCAUUUGCUGCAAACUACUAGCAUUGAUUUGCCUGGAAAUGUCUAUUAAUGAUUUUCAGGCUGAUGUGGACAAUAGUGGAACCAUUGACUAUGGUGAAUUCAUAGCUGCGACAAUCCAUCUCAACAAAUUGGAACGUGAGGAACAUCUUGUUGCGGCAUUCAGGUACUUUGACAAGGAUGGAAGCGGUUACAUCACAGUGGAUGAGCUUCAGCAUGCAUGUGCCGAGCAGAACAUGACUGAUGUUUUCAUUGAGGAUAUAAUCAGAGAAGUUGAUCAAGAUAAUGAUGGACGGAUUGAUUAUGGUGAAUUUGUGGCGAUGAUGCAAAAGGGUAAUGCAGGAAUUGGUAGACGAACAAUGAGGAACAGUCUAAAUUUGAGCAUGAGGGAUGCACCUGGUGCUCAAUAAUGCACCGUGACACCACUUGUACAGGUACUCUAGCAAACUUGGGAGAAGUAUACUGGAUAGGGGUGUUCUUCAUUUUAGCCGGUGCAUGUAAUCUUGGAUGUAUUCUGACUGGAGGUGAUAUUAGCAGGCAGUAGAGAAGAUGGGCUGGGAGAGAGCACAUGACAGGAGACACAAAGCACCCAUUUUUCGUUUCCCGGCCUGAUACUGUUAAAAAAAAGAAGCAAAAUUUAGAUUGGAGGCCCUGCAGUCGGGAGCUGGAAUUUGCGAUGGUUUGGCUUGGCUUGGCUUGGAUGGAGACAUGCAUGCAUAAUAAUCUGGAUUGAUGGGAGACAGUAAAAAGAAAGAAUGGUUAUAGAAACAGGUUGUUGAUGCAUUUUGUAAACUUGAGUUUGAAUUGAAGAAGUAAUGCUACUGCUACGGCCCUCCUCGCUCUGCAUUUGUUGUUUCUGCAAGUAAUGCAAUUGUUGUUUCCCCCUAGUUUCUUUGUAUUUUAUUUCAUCUUCACUUUUCCCCUGCAUGUGUUUUCUGUAUCUGGGUUCUUGUUUUCUGGGGUUUUUUUGGUAGAACAUCAUGUGAAAUUGUAGUAUCCACUGGCGAGGGGUUUUGAUGAGAAAGAGUGUGUGCUCGCGCACCCUGUCGCUGCGAUUUGUCCUUUGUAUUAUUUUUUUGGGAGCAUUGCAGUUUCUUGUGGAUGAAGUAAUGUGUCACAUCCUCAAAGAAGCAUUUUUCAUUGGCGGAUAGAACCCUGUGAAGGCUAAUCCUGCUGCUGAUAUCUGCCCCUUAAAACACUCAUCCCUUGUAAUUUUGGUAGUAAGGUUGUAAUGUUUAAUUAAAACGACUUGGGUUCAUAUAUUGCGGACUCUUCUUCUGUACAUAAAAGAACACAGCUGCAUCCGCAUUUUAGUUUGUAACAGUUACACUUGAAAAUGAGCUAUCCCAAUUCAAUACAAUACCGGCUCGAAUCUUCCAACUGUAUAAACUCAUUCGUAAAUGCAGCCUGCAAGCGAGAAAGGUAAAGGCAGCACUGUCACUACCGUGUCAAGGCGAGCUGGGUGCUUGAUCACCCUCCAAAACUGCAGUUUCCUGUGCCAAUCUAACUUCCUGCAGUGUGGCGUCAGGUGCAAUGAGGGAUGUACAAGUAACAGCUUUACCAUCAUCAAACAGCCAUCCAACUUCGCACCAAUUUUCUUUCACUGCAUACCAAAUUUGCUUCGGUAGCAAUACAACGCCGCCGCUCGCAUCUCUAACCAGGCUCUCCUUCUCCAAGCUGCUGCUGUCAUUGCCAUCACUUAGUUGCUGAAUCAAACCGUUGGGUUGGUGAUGAUGCUGGAAAGCAGCAACGGCGGUGGGUCCUCGGCGCCAGGGAAAGCCGAGCAGCUUGGCAGGAUCGAGUGGCGCAGUGGCGGCGAAGGCGGUGUCCCUGAUUGCACACCCGCCCAAUUGGUCGCCGUUCCUGAACGGCCCGUACCACUGCUCCCUGAAAACCCUGAUUCCUGCCACUUCCAGCGAGAUCGUCGGAUUUUCGUCGGAAGGGCGUACAAGAUUGAGAGCGAGGAGGAUCCUGACUCGGGACUCCCGAUCUUGCGGAUUGACGAAGCAAUUCUCCAGCUCCAGCUUAUUGGGGGCAGCAGCGGCACCAGGCCAGGCAGCGACGUACGACCCGCUGGAAUGGUAAGCGAAGGCGGAGGCGGAGGACGCAGCUCUCUCGUCGGAGGUGUAGCGGGUGGCAGCGUCGGCUUCGCAGCCGACGGUGGGGAGGAGCUUGAUGGUGGUGUAGGAGAGGGUGCGAUCGGGUUCGGGCGAGGGUCGGGCGAGGGUGGGGCACUGGGUCUGCCAGUCGUGGACUUUGACCUCCCACUCUCUGUACGCCUCGGGGACGACGGAUUCGGGGAGCUCGAUCGGGGCUCCUUGUGGGGUGAAGUCCGCUGCGAAGCCGUCCCACUCGCCGGACACACGGUCGGCGAAUUCGGGCCAAUCGUCGGAGAUCGGGGUUAGGGUUUGAAGGUCGCCGGCGGGAAUUGGGGUUGCGUUCGUAACAAAUGAAUUGUUGGAAUUGUGGAUGAGGGUGGUGGGGAAAAGGAUCGGCGUUGGACGGAAGGAGGAGGCACGGCCGUGAACAAUCGGGCGGAGACUGUGAAGUGGGAAGGCGGGUGACGGGAAGAGUGUUGGGUUCUGGGAGUUGAGGGCGAUGAAGGUGGUGCCAGGUAGGGAGGAAGAAGGGAGCAAGGCCAUCAUCGGGUAUUUUACUCUUUUCUCCUGCUUCCUUUACUGUUUGGCCUCCGGUUAUGUUGCUCUGUCGCCGGUGACAGUCAGAUUGUAGGGUGGGAAUGAUCCGUCCUUU